CGGCACCACACAGUGAAACUGUUCCGGCCGCGGAACGCGAUUUUGUUUUUGAUUUGAAUUAAUUUUGCGUCGAGUUUGCUUUGGGCCCAGCUGCACGAGACGGAGCCAUCGGAAUAGAGCCGCCGGGGCCGUACACUCAACUGGCAGACAGCUUCUUGUUUUCUUAUCAAUCUACAACAACAACAGCAGCAGCAGCAGCACCAGAAACAGAAACACAAAAAAGAGAAACGAAAAACACAGAGAAAGAAGCUAACAAAAACUAACACUCUAUCGGGGAUUGCCCGGCAGUAAAGAGCAAAGCAGAGAAGCCGAACGAGCGCAUCCGCCUCUCUAAUGCCUUAUCAGUAGCACGUAUCUAGAACUGCCGUAGGAACACACAGGAGAAGGUCCGACCCCGACCCCAGCACAGACCCGAACCCAGAACCAGGCAAAAACCGACCACUACCACUCAAUUUGGAUUUGGAGUGCCAUUCUCGCGCUGUCUCGUAAAUUAAUGUCAUAAAUUAAUUUGGACCUCUGCCCGUCGUUGACAUUGCAACCGGUGUCGCAGACGCAAACUCAAACGCAGCCGCAGUCCCCCGACUACGACUCCGGCCCGGUGUCGGCAUCUCGUUGUCACUGUCACCGGCCCAACAUCUACAUUUCGGUUACGCCUGUGCGGUCAGGAACGCGUCCGUUUGGAAGCCAUCGUCCGUCUCCCAACGAUCCUACCUGCCGCAAAGUCAAGUGUGAGUUUGUUGUGCGUUGUGCGUGCUCGUGUGUGACCCUAAUGUUCCUUAAAUUACCUUGAUGCUGAAAGAAAAAAAAUAGAUAAAUUAAAUAAUAAAAAUAAAAUACGCAAGAUAAAUACGUAUUUAAUGUUAUAAAUUCGUCAUAGUACAUGCAUACUCCUUGCUGACGACACGCUGAUACGCCAGCGGCUUGCUCACAGAUUUGAAGAAUAUGCUGAAAAGGUGUUUGUAGAAUGUUCAACCUUUGAGGGAAGGGAACAACGUUCAAAGUGUUCUUGGACUGCCAAACCAAACCGAUCGUAAAUCAAGUUCUAUUUUUUGGCAACAACAAUCGCCCACGCAUUUUCGGCAAGUGUCCAGUGUUCUAUCAAGUUCAUAUCAAUAAAUACGCUCAGAGGAUUACCACAGAGGACCAACAUAGCACCGAUACUUCCUCCGCCGGAUAGCCACCGCUUCGACAGAGGGCAGAAGCCAGCGGAAUACGAAUAUACAGGAGCAGCAACAUACCACGCCAGACAGAAAUCAUCCUUGGAAAUAGACCUCGUGUCAUUCCAAAAGACGCACAUGGGCGUCUGCACCGAGGAGCGCCCUGUGAUGCAUUGGCAGAGCGCAAGAUUUCUUGGGCCCGGCGCAAGGGAGAAAAGUCCAACACCACCUGUAGCACAUCAGGGGAGCAAUCAAUGUGGCAGUGCUGCAGGUGCAAAUAACAAUCACCCAUUGUUUCGCACAUGCUCCUCAUCCUCGUGUCCAGAUAUUUGUGAUCACAGUACAAAGCCGUUUGGCAAUGCAUACGGCACUGAGUCAUUUAGAAGCUAUGAAACCGCCGAUCGCGCUACCUUCGAGGACUCCACGGCCAAAUUCUCGAUUAGUCGCAGUCGCACGGACUGCACUGAGGUCAGCGAUGAGACCACAUCGGGCAUUUCAUUCAAAACGGAACCUUUCGGACCGCCAAGCAGUCCGGAGUCCACCAACGAUAGCAAAAACACGCGCAAUCUUGAUGAUUGUGCCGGCUGUGGGCGUCAAAUACAGGAUCGUUUCUACCUCUCCGCUGUGGAAAAACGCUGGCACGCCAGCUGCUUGCAGUGCUACGCCUGUCGGCAGCCGCUGGAACGGGAAUCCUCAUGUUACUCACGUGAUGGCAACAUUUAUUGCAAAAACGAUUAUUAUAGUUUUUUCGGUACUCGUCGUUGCUCCCGCUGUCUGGCUUCCAUCAGCUCCAAUGAGCUAGUGAUGCGCGCACGGAACCUGGUCUUUCAUGUGAAUUGCUUCUGCUGCACGGUCUGCCACACGCCCCUGACCAAGGGCGACCAGUACGGCAUCAUCGAUGCGCUCAUAUACUGCAGAACCCACUACAGCAUAGCGAGGGAGGGAGACGCCGCCUCGUCCAGCAUGAGUGCCACGUAUCCAUACAGCUCGCAGUUUGGGUCGCCGCACAAUGACUCGUCGAGCCCACACUCGGAUCCAAGUCGGAGUAUUGUUCCUACGGGCAUCUUUGUGCCCACAUCACAUGUCAUCACCGGGCUGCCGCAGCCGGCGCGGCAGAAGGGCAGGCCGCGCAAGCGCAAGCCCAAGGACAUCGAGGCGUUCACCGCGAAUAUAGAUCUCAACACAGAAUACGUGGACUUUGGCCGAGGAUCGCACAUGGGCUCCUCGUCGCGCACCAAGCGCAUGCGCACCUCGUUCAAGCACCACCAGCUGCGCACCAUGAAGUCCUACUUUGCCAUCAAUCACAAUCCAGAUGCCAAGGAUCUGAAGCAGUUGUCGCAGAAAACGGGUUUACCAAAGAGAGUCCUACAGGUCUGGUUUCAAAAUGCUCGGGCCAAGUGGCGCCGCAUGAUGAUGAAGCAGGAUGGCAGUGGAAUGCUCGAAAAAGGAGACGGCACCCUGGACCUGGACAGCAUCUCGGUUCAUAGUCCAACAUCGUUCAUAAUGGGCGGACCCAACAGUACGCCGCCCCACAACAUGGACUAACAUCUGCUCAGGGAAAAUGGGAACGAUGCUGCCUACAACAUGGAGCUCGCGCGCCUCCGCCAAAGCUGCCCCUGUCCUUGUGCUGGUUCCGUCCGGGAACAAAGCCUAUUGGUGGACCUGUUGAGUGGCAGUGACAAUUAGAUCGUGUGGGACCCGAAUACCACAUUCAAAACAUAUACUACCCCUAGAGAAUGUUGUUAGACAAGCUAGCUAGCUGCCCGCCUGCCCGCCUAGCCUGCCUAGCUGUUGAAAAGCGCAUAACUUAUGUAUUUUUGUAGUCGCUUCUAGCUCGUUGCCAGCACUAAAUAAA